GGGAGGCAAAGGGCCCCACCGUGGGAGCUACUGGCAGAGGCAGGGCGCCAGCAGUGACCUGGCCGCCCAUGGGGGCUCUGACUUUGGAGAAGCCCAGAGAAGCGGACAGAUGCCCAGAGCAGACAGAACAGGAGCAAAGGGACAUGGAGGGAACAUUCUAGAAAGAGAACAGUGCUUGCUGUGUCUGGGUGGGGAGACAGGCAGAUUGAGGGAGGAACAGGGCAGGGCUGAGAUGGCAGGGCGUGGCGAGCCCCCCAACCCAGGCCUGCGAGAAUGCCAGCAGGGUUGCAAGGAGCAGCUGGGCAGCAUCAUCAGCCUCUUCUUCCGCUUCAUCUCUGGGAACCUGGCUCGAGACAGCAGCGACAGUGAGCUGGAGCUGUCCACCGUGCGCCAUCAGCCAGAAGGGCUGGACCAGCUGCAGGCACAGACCAAGUUCACGAAGAAGGAGCUGCAGUCUCUCUACAGGGGCUUCAAGAACGAGUGUCCCACAGGCCUGGUGGACGAAGACACCUUCAAGCUCAUCUACUCACAGUUCUUCCCUCAGGGAGAUGCCACCACCUAUGCGCACUUCCUCUUCAAUGCCUUUGACGCUGAUGGCAACGGCGCCAUCCGCUUCGAGGAUUUUGUGGUUGGGCUCUCCAUCCUGCUGAGAGGGACAGUCCACGAGAAGCUCAAGUGGGCCUUCAACCUCUACGACAUCAACAAGGACGGCUACAUCACCAAGGAGGAGAUGCUGGCCAUCAUGAAGUCCAUCUACGACAUGAUGGGCCGCCAUACCUACCCCAUCCUGCGGGAGGACGCCCCUCGGGAACACGUGGAGCGGUUCUUCCAGAAAAUGGACCGGAAUCAGGAUGGGGUGGUGACCAUGGAUGAGUUCCUGGAGACCUGUCAGAAGGAUGAGAACAUCAUGAACUCCAUGCAGCUGUUUGAGAAUGUCAUCUAGGCCAGCAGGAGGAGAGCCUGGUGGCACGGCCCCCACACACCCCAGGAAAACUUCAGUCCUGCCUGGAGCAACCGCCAAAAGAAACUUUUUCUAAUACGUUUGCAAAAUGUGAGCAGUUUGCUCCCAACACACACACUCACACACACACAUAUGUUGUUGUGGGCCAGCAAACAGGCCUGAGGUUGAUGGGAGAGGGAACCAAGUCCAGGUGACAAGGCCACACAGCUGUUCCCAGGCUGGCAGGACCAGGGUGCGGUGGGCUGCACAGAGCCUGCAGGCCACUAGCCACUGGAUGCUACCAGGAAGUGGCUCAAGAACCCUCCGCUCCUCCUUGGGGAAGGGCCCCUCCUGCAAGACACACCUUCCCCCCUGCUCCUCCUUUCCCUCUCCACCCAGGGGCCAAACCCCCGGCUGCUCUGGCCUUGUCCCCAGCCUGCACUCCCAGGGGAACGCUGAGUGUAGCAGCAUCGGGGGUGGGAGGAGGGCGACAGCUUGGGCUGGAAGGGAGGACUGACCAGGAAGGAAGUGGAGAUGGAACAGAGCCCUUCACUUCCCCAGGACCCCGACCCUGACCCCCAUGGUCCCUACCGCUCCACCUGUGAGCUUGGGAACUGAGGAGUUCCUGGGCAGUGUUUUCACUCCGUCCCAGACUCUUCUGCAGUGAAGGUGUCGUUGUUGGAUUGGAGGGGCACUCUUAGCCAACUCCAGGGAGCAGGAGUUUCCUCCUGUCCCAAUCCUGGCUGGCUGGGUGGGCCUACAAUGACUGGGGCUGCCCUCACCCUGCCCAGUACCACACUAUUGGCCCUAAGAAGGCAACGUGGCUCAGGGACUGGCAGCCUGGGGCAGGGUCUUUGCUCCCUUUUCUUCCUCUUGCCCUGUGACUCUGCCCAGCAGCACAACCCCAGAUGAAAAGCACAAACACCACAUCAGCUUAGGCCGCAGCCCACAAGGAGAGCCAGGGACACUGCUUGGCAGAGGCCAGACCCUCCUGUUGGGCCCAGGCCUGGAAUCCAGGG